GGGCCGACCGCUCUCUAUGAAAGUUAACCUUUUCAUUCUUGUCUUAUGAUUGUUCGGUUCAAUGAUGACCGCCUCUGAGGCACUGAGCUGUUCAUGCAGCCACGACCAAUCACACGCAACAAUUGGUCGCGACGAAGGAUUAAGACGAAACAAGAGGUCUGAUUGGCUCUGGGCCAGGGCUCUCUACAAUACUUUUAUGGAUUAAAGACGAACCUGUCAAGGCAUGCCAAGCGUAUUGAUUCAGAGAACUUGUACAAUGCCCCCGAAAUCGCCCUUCUCAAAGUCACUCCCCGUGACUUGAUACCAUCAAGGAUUGGGACGCGUUUACAAUGUUAUUUUUGGCAAGCGACAGACACUACCAGUGAUUAGUUGGUGUGCUGUACUGAGAAACCGUAAUGUAAGUAAUGAAAUGGGCGAGGUAAGUUGGAUAUGUAAGUUGAGUUGCAGAACCCUAGUCUAUCCCCGCUACCCGAUAUCACCACCCCUCUUAAAGUGACAAUCAUUUGAUUUACCGUCAACAAGCUCUACUAUUCAAUCGGAAGUAGCCUGCGGGACGGAUUGUUAUUAAGAGUCAACUCGCUAUUCUUACCAUUACUAUAAAUUCACUUACCUCCUUUCCAAUCACGAAAAGCUUGACUCAAUCAGAAUGUCGAACUCUUUCCACACAUCGAUCUCGGACCUCACAGGCAUCACCGUGCCGUCGAACAAUUCGUGCGAGUGGAUUUUCCAAGGCGAUACAAUUUUUAUGAGUCAAUACUCUGGUGACAUCGACGAAGACCUUGCUUCAGACUUGGUAGAUGAACUCUCUACCAAUCGCAACUUUGCAACAGCGAAGAUCGACCAAUACAAAAAAAUUGUGAAUGUAUCGUCACGAACUUCUCCCUUUGACCGUCGUCUAUCCGACAGCACUCGUGCUGCUAGCUCUUAUGCAGAUACGGAGGCAUCUAUGAGAGCACAUUAUACCGUCCCAUCCUCCGAAUCGAUGUCAGAGUACUCGAUUUUUAUCCCGACUCCAAGCACCUCUGUUAACUAUAAUGAGGAUAAUAAUAUCCCUACAAGCCAGAAUGACUCGGUUGAGUUGCAGUACCAACCUGCAUACUCCAUUUUCCCCACCUAUACCGGUGGUCUGACACCUCUCGACACUUGGGUUGAAACCCCCGAACGUCACGAGCAAAUCGCCUCCAGCUUGUCAGACCCGAAAACCCAUCCGAUCACACAAGAGAAAGGCAAGAAAUUAGCUGGCAAAUAGGUGCAAAAAUUUAAGUGAUGAUUUAUACAAAAGACAGGACGUGAAAGAUCAUUAUUUGGCCGGUGGAUUGGUUUGGGAAUACUUUUGUUUAGGAUUUUGUCUUGGGAUGCUCAUAAGGGAGAACUGUCGAUGUGAUUAUGAAUGCCAUGUUCAUGAGAUAGACAAUUGAGACUGCUGGCAGCUGUUAUUUAGGACAAGGAAUUUAUUUGUCAUAUAUUUCUCUUUUAUUCACUUCGUUUCAGGGAAAGCACUAGGGCCUUCUAUUUAGUUAAACGAUUUUUACAUGGAAUUUGGGUACGAAUUUAAGAUAUUUGUACACUUAUAUUGGAUUGAAUGUCUGUCUUUUGAAAAUGCAUGUUUGCCAUCAAUAAAGUUUAAGCUUAAGCUUGAAGUUCCA